AGGUUCUCAGCUGAGCCCCAAGCAGGUGCGAAAUGGAGCGGGAAGGCGGUGAUGGCAGCCUCGCUUUACGCAUUCUCCAGAACCGAUCCCACGAGAAGAUGAAGCUGCGAAAGAGAAAGUCUACCUUGUACCUCAGCUCCCAGGAGAAGAGCACCGGGCGCCGGGGAGAUCUUCUUGGAGAAAACAUUUAUCUGGUGUUGUUUACCAUAGCUUUCCGAAUAUUUAACUGCUUUUUAGUGCAGACAAGUUUUGUUCCGGACGAAUAUUGGCAAUCUCUUGAAGUUGCACAUCACAUGGUUUUCAGUUAUGGUUAUUUGACCUGGGAAUGGACAGAAAGAUUGAGGGGUUACACAUACCCCUUAAUCUUUGCAAGCAUUUACAAGAUUCUGCAUCUUUCAGGGAAGGACAAUGUUCAGUUGCUGAUUUGGAUUCCCAGACUUGCCCAAGCAGUUCUGUCUGCUAUAGCAGACAUGAGGCUUUACUCACUAAUGAAGCAACUAGAAAAUCAGGAAGUGGCAAGAUGGGUGUUUUUUUGCCAGUUGUGUUCUUGGUUCACAUGGUAUUGCUGUACCAGAACCCUUACAAACACCAUGGAAACUGUUCUCACUGUAAUUGCUCUUUUCUACUAUCCUUUAGAAGGUUCAAAGUCUAUGAACAGUGUCAAGUACUCAUCCGUGGUGGCACUUGCCUUUAUAAUUCGUCCCACAGCUGUCAUUCCAUGGAUACCUUUGCUUUUCAGACAUUUCUGUCAAGAACAGAGAAAGCUUGAUCUUAUUCUACAUUCCUUUUUGCCUGUAGGAUUUGUCACUUUGAGUUUAUCUCUGAUAAUUGAUCGUAUAUUUUUUGGCCAAUGGACCAUGGUUCAGUUUAAUUUUUUGAAAUUUAACGUACUGCAGAAUUUGGGAACAUUUUAUGGUUCCCAUCCAUGGCAUUGGUACUUCAGUCAAGGAUUUCCCGUUGUUGUGGGAACUCAUUUGCCCUUCUUUAUUCAUGGCUGCUUUCUAGCACCAAAGAGAUACAGGAUACUUUUGUUGACUGUGCUAUGGACACUGCUAGUUUAUAGCAUGUUGAGCCACAAAGAAUUCAGGUUUAUCUAUCCAAUUUUACCAUUUUGUAUGGUAUUCUGUGGAUACUCAAUAACCCACCUGAAAACAUGGAAGAAACCAGCUCUAAGUUUCCUGUUUUUAUCAAAUAUGCUUCUCGCCCUCUAUACUGGUUUAGUUCAUCAACGAGGUACUCUUGAUGUCAUGAGGUAUAUUCAGAAGAUCUGUUACAACAGUCCCAAUAAAUCUUCAGCUUCAAUACUUAUAAUGAUGCCUUGUCAUUCUACUCCCUACUACAGCCAUGUUCACUGCCCAAUUCCAAUGAGAUUUCUCCAAUGUCCCCCAGACCUGACUGGAAAAAGUCAGUAUCUUGAUGAAGCAGAUAUAUUUUACCUAAAUCCCUUAAACUGGUUACAUAAAGAGUUUCAGGAUGCUGCAUCAUUGCCUACUCACUUGAUCAUAUUCAGCAUUUUGGAGGAGGAAAUAAGUGCUUUCCUAAUUUCAAGUAACUAUGAGAGAACUGCUGUUUUCUUCCACACUCACUUGCCGGAGGGUCGAAUUGGAAGUCACAUAUAUGUCUAUGAAUGGAAGUCAAAAAGGAAACUCAACUGAAGAUGAAAUUCUGAACCGGGUUUGAAUCUUUCCUAGAGAAACUGACAUUGCUGAAUGGAAAUAUUCAGGUACUGUUUAAAUACUUUAGUAAACACUGGGUAAUCAAGAUUCGUGGAACUUGGAAAGAAACACUAUGAACUGCUUUACCAAAUACCACUACUGAGGAAAUGUGUAAAAUAUCAGUAUAAACCACAUAUUAAUACAAUGACAAAUUUUAAAUAAAGACCUUUAGUUUUCCUC